GACAGCGGGACCGCGGCCCCUCCGAGGCUCGGCUCCUCCCGAGGAUGCUUUGGGAGUGAGAAGCUGGGCAGCUCCUCACCCUGUGGCUCCCCUCCCUCCCUCUGUCCCGAGCCUCCGGGAGCCUGAACGUCCCUCCUGCUCUUCCACCCAGCUGCUGCCGUGUGGGGUCCAGCAAAGUUUUCUGAUAUCGAGGAGAAGGCAGUAAGGAGGGCUUCCUGGAAGGGGUGCCCAUCCAGGGCCUGGGACCGUGCCCACCGCAGAAACCAUCAGCAGCAAGGACUCACCAUGAGGCUUCUGGGUGCGAUGCCAGCUCUGGUCCUCAAAGGCCAGCUGCUGCUGCCCCUGCUGUCGCUGCUGGGACCACAGGUCUCUGGAGACCUGAUCAUCGCACCCCCGGGGCCAGAGCUUGUCCUCAACAUCUCCAGCACCUUCAUCCUGACCUGCUUGGGUUCAGCCCCGGUAGCGUGGGAGCGGCUGUCCCGGGAGCCCCCGCAGGACAUGGCCAAGGCCCAGGAUGGCACCUUCUCCAGCAUGCUGACACUGACCAAUGUCACCGGGCUAGACACGGGAGAAUACUUCUGUGCCCACAGUGGUGCCCGUGGGCUGGAGCCCCGUGAGCGGAAGCGGCUCUAUAUCUUUGUGCCAGAUCCCACCAUGGGCUUCCUCCCGAAUGAGGCCGAGGAACUGUUCAUCUUUAUCACGGACAUAAAUGAGGUCACCAUACCGUGCCGAGUGACAGACCCGCAGCUGGUGGUGACGCUGCAUGAGAAGAAAGGUGAUAUCGCGAUGCCUUUCCCCUACGAUCACCAGCGUGGCUUUUCUGGCACCUUUGAGGACAGAAGCUACAUCUGCAAAACCACCAUUGGGGACAGGGAGGUGCAUUCCGAUGCCUACUAUGUCUACAGACUCCAGGUGUCAUCCAUCAACGUCUCCGUGAGUGCAGUGCAGACUGUGGUCCGCCAGGGCGAGAACAUCACCCUCAUGUGCAUCGUGAUGGGAAACGAGGUGGUCAACUUCCAGUGGAAAUACCCCCGCGGGGAGAGUGGGCGGCUGGUGGAGCCAGUGACUGACUUCCUCCUGGACUCGCCCUACCAAAUCCGCUCCAUCCUGCACAUCCCCUAUGCCGAGCUGGGUGACUCCGGGACCUACAUCUGCAACGUGACGGAGAAUGUGAAUGGCCACCAAGACGAAAAGGCCGUCAAUGUCACCGUGCUUGAGAGCGGGUACGUGCAGCUGCUAGGAGAGCUGGACUCGCUGCAAUUUGCUGAGCUGCACCGGAGCCGGACGCUGCAGGUGGUGUUCGAGGCCUACCCGCCACCCACCGUCCUGUGGUUCAAGGACAACCACACCCUGGGCGACUCCAGCUCCGGCGAGUUUGCCCUGUCUACUCGCAACGUGUCUGAGACCCGGUAUGUGUCAGAGCUGACACUGGUGCGGGUGAAGGUGGCAGAGGCUGGCUACUACACCAUGUGGGCCUUCCAUGAGGAUGCGGAAGCCCAGCUCUCGUUCCAGCUGCAAGUCAAUGUCCCUGUCCGAGUGCUGGAACUGAGCGAGAGCCACCCUGACAGCGGGGAGCAGACAGUCCGCUGUCGCGGCCGGGGCAUGCCCCAGCCCCACGUCCUCUGGUCGGCUUGCAGGGACCUCCGAAGGUGUCCACUUGAGCUGCCGCCCACGCCGCUGGGGAACAAUUCCCAGGAGGAACUGGAGACCAACAUGACCUACUGGGAGGAGGAGCAGGAGUUCGAGGUGGUGAGCACCCUGCACCUGCGGCACGUGGACCGGCCCAUGUCCGUGCGCUGCACCGUGCACAACGCCGCGGGCCAGGACACUCAGGAGGUCAUCGUGGUGCCACACUCCCUGCCCUUCAAGGUGGUGGUGAUCUCAGCCGUCCUAGCUCUGGUGGUCCUCACCAUCGUCUCCCUCAUCAUCCUCAUCAUGCUUUGGCAGAAGAAGCCACGCUAUGAGAUCCGGUGGAAGGUGAUUGAGUCCGUGAGCUCGGAUGGCCAUGAGUACAUCUACGUGGACCCCAUGCAGCUGCCUUAUGACUCCACAUGGGAGCUGCCGCGGGACCAGCUGGUGCUGGGGCGCACCCUUGGCUCUGGGGCCUUUGGGCAGGUGGUGGAGGCCACAGCGCAUGGCUUGAGCCAUUCCCAGGCCACCAUGAAGGUGGCCGUCAAGAUGCUGAAAUCCACAGCCCGGAGCAGCGAGAAGCAGGCCCUCAUGUCCGAGCUGAAGAUCAUGAGUCACCUCGGGCCCCAUCUGAACGUGGUCAACCUGCUGGGGGCCUGCACCAAAGGAGGGCCCGUCUAUAUCAUCACCGAAUAUUGCCGCUACGGGGACCUGGUGGACUACCUGCAUCGCAACAAGCACACCUUCCUGCAGCGCCACCCCGAUGCGCGUCGGCCGCCGCACGCAGAGCUCUAUAGCAACGCGCUGCCCACUGGACUCCCCCUGCCCAGCCCCGUGUCCCCGACUGGGGAGAGCGACGGAGGCUACAUGGACAUGAGCCGGGAUGAAUCCAUGGACUACGUGCCCAUGCUGGACAUGAAAGGAGACGUCAAGUACGCGGACAUCGAGUCCUCCAACUACAUGGCCCCCUACGACAACUACGUCCCCUCUGCCCCCGAGAGGACCUACCGGGCCACUCUGAUCAACGAGUCCCCCGUGCUCAGCUACAUGGACCUCGUGGGCUUCAGCUACCAGGUGGCCAACGGCAUGGAGUUCUUGGCCUCCAAGAAUUGCGUCCACCGAGACCUGGCGGCCAGGAACGUGCUCAUCUGUGAGGGCAAGCUGGCCAAGAUCUGUGACUUCGGCCUGGCUCGAGAUAUCAUGCGAGACUCGAACUACAUCUCCAAGGGCAGCACAUUCCUGCCCCUGAAGUGGAUGGCUCCGGAGAGCAUCUUCAACAGCCUCUAUACCACGCUGAGCGAUGUGUGGUCCUUUGGGAUCUUGCUCUGGGAGAUCUUCACGCUGGGUGGCACCCCCUAUCCGGAGCUGCCCAUGAACGAGCAGUUCUACAACGCCAUCAAGCGGGGCUACCGCAUGGCCCAGCCUGCCCAUGCCUCCGAUGAGAUCUACGAGAUCAUGCAGAAGUGCUGGGAAGAGAAGUUUGAGAUCCGGCCACCCUUCUCCCAGCUGGUGCUACUUCUCGAGAGGUUACUGGGCGAGGGGUACAAAAAGAAGUACCAGCAGGUGGAUGAGGAGUUCCUGAGGAGUGACCACCCUGCCAUCCUGCGGUCUCAGGCCCGCCUGCCCGGGAUCCACGGCCUCCGCUCGCCCCUGGACGUCAGCUCUGUCCUCUACACGGCUGUGCAGCCCCAUGAGGGCGACAAUGACUACAUCAUUCCCCUGCCUGACCCCAAGCCCGAGGGUGCUGACGAGGGCCCGCUGGAGGGCUCCCCCAGCCUUGCCAGCUCCACCCUGAACGAAGCCAACACCUCCUCCACCAUCUCCUGCGACAGUCCCCUGGAGCCCCAAGAGGAGCCGGAGCCGGAGCCGGAGCCCAAACCCCAGCCCCAGGCGGCGCUGGAGCCAGAACAGGAGCAGCCGGAGGAUGGAGAUUGCCCUGGGGCUCGGGCCGCCGCAGAGGACAGCUUCCUGUAGGGACUGGCCCCCACCCUGCCCU